AUGGCGGGGCACUACAGUGCCCCAGAUAUAAGGUCGGACUCUGAAUAUUAUUCUAAAACAUCCAACAAAUCCGCCGGUCGAGGAUUUGUUGACUCGGAGGACGAGAUAGCUUUUAGCAGAAAUAAAUCAAGAUCUAUCGGUUCGAGAAACUCCGCCGCAAAGCGUGCGGAUUCGGACGUAGAGAUACCAAGGCAGAAGAAAAAGGAAAGCAAGCUCAGUUCAUCUGCCAAGCGCACAGCAGUGGAAUCUGACGGAGAGACACCGAGGGCUAAGAAAAAGCUGGUUCCAAAGAGAAAGUGUUCUGCGGUAAAGAAACCCGGCGAGGAGUGGCGCGUGAUCGACUCGGAGAGCGAGGACGAGGAGGUUAUCAAGCGCUCCAAGAACGCGUUGCAAUCCUCCUACUCAAAGCGGGUGGCCGACGGGACCGUGCGCCGCACCGCCAAGCUGAACGGAGACCUAUUCGUGGAGCUUAAGCUAUACCAGGUCGCCGACAUCAGACACGUAGACGUAAGGAAACGCUACGAGAAAGCAGUCCUCAGUCUAAAGUAUCAGGCGGACCAUAAUGCGCCGGAGUUACAGCUACUCCAACAGUUUCUCAAAAAAUGUAAACCCAAGUUCGGGACUGAGGGCUACUUUUUCGCAGAUAAGGACGUAAAAGAAUAACUCACG